UAAAGGCAACAAGACGUCCACAGGCAGACGUCGCCUCGCCUUCACAGGUGCGCGGACUGAGCUGGUAGACAGUUGUGUCGUGUUGUCGCUUCGCGGAUAAAUAUCUGAGUUGAAGUAACAAUGUCUUCAUCUGAGAGUUUGAGAGAGUUGAUCAUCGAGCGACUAACUGCUGCUGCUGAAGAAAUAUUCGGACUCUUUGAAAGAACUGUCGCCCAGUACGAGGAAGAGAUCGAUCGUCAGCGCAGACUGCUGGAUAUCACCUGGAAACCUGAGAUAAAGUUACACAGAAUAGACCUCACAGAACAAUAUGUCUGCAAUGAGGAGGAGGUUCUCACUGACCAGCAGCUUCUUUACCAGGAGCGUAACUCCAGUCUGGACCAGGAGGAACCAGAACAUUUAGAGCUGAAAGCAGAAUGGGAGGUACCAAAACCUCCAGAGCUGAAAGAGGAACAGGAGGAACCAGAGCUGAAAGAGGAACAGGAGGAACCAGAACUUCCACAGAUAAAGGUGAAAGAUGAACAGGAGGAACCAGAACCUCCACAGAUGGAGGAGAAUCAGGAGCAACUAGAACCUCCACAGAUUCAAAAGGAACAGCAGGAACCAGAUCCUCCACAGAUUCAAGAGGAACAGCAGGAACCAGAUCCUCCACAGAUUCAAGAGGAACAGGAGGAAUUCCCCUGCAGCAGUCAGCAGGAAGAACAUCUUGUUCUGAAUCAGGAGGCCGAUCCCUUGAUGGAGACUUCUACUGAUGAGGAAAGUGAGCACAGUGAACCUGAACCAAAGAGGGACCAGCUCCUCUCGCACAACUCUCCUGGAGCUGAGAGCCCAGAUCAGGAAAGUAGCAACCAUGUAGACCCAGGAUCAACAAGAGACACAAGUCGCAGUCACAAUAUAGACAACUCUUCCAUUUCAGAGAGUCAGUGUGAUACUGAUGCAGGUAAGAAACCUGUAGGCUGUGGCGUCUGUGGGCACACAUUCAAGAACAGGCAACAAAUGAAAAUACAUUACGAAAUACAUAAAGGGGAGAAACCAAAUGUUUGCACAACCUGCGGGAAACAUUAUAAACGCCUAUCAGCACUAAAAUAUCACAUGAAGUGUCAUACACGUAAUGUACCUCUUAAGUGUGACGUUUGUGAAAAACCCUUUGAGACUAACAACCAACUGAGUCUACACAUGAGGAGCCAUACAAACAAGAAGCAGCAUAUUUGCAAAACAUGUGGGAAAAUUUUCAGUCGCAGUCAUAGUUUGACUAUGCACACGAGGAGCCACACAGACGAGAAGCCGUUUUCGUGUGAAACGUGUGGGAGGAGGUUCAGCAGGAACUACUGUCUGCUGGUCCACAUGAGACUUCACGCAAGUAAGAAGCCGUAUAUUUGUGAAAUAUGCGGGAACGGUUUCACAGUGCGGGAUAAACUGACGGUCCACAUGAGAGGUCACACGGGUGAGAAGCCAUACUCUUGUGCAACGUGCGGGGAGAGUUUCGCAAGGACCGAUAAUUUGUUAAAUCACAUGAGAACUCACACAGAUGCGCCACUGCAUACGUGUGAAUUGUGUGGGAAGAGCUUCCGUUUGGUUCAUCACUUAAAAGUCCACAUGAGAGUUCACACAGGUGAGAAGCCAUACUCUUGUGAAAGGUGUGGGAAGAGUUUCUCAACGAACCAUUGUUUAAUACUCCACACAAGAGGCCACACAGGCGAGAGGCCUUACCCCUGCAACAUGUGCGAGAAACGCUUUAUUUCCUUGUCAGUGCUGAAGACACACCUGACGACCCACACGGACGAGAAGCCACAUUCUUGUGAGAAGUGUGGGAGAUGCUUCGGAAGGAGGGAUAAAAUGUUGGAACACAUGAAAAAACACCAGCAAUUUAACGUCCGACAGCUUUAUGUCUGUGAGGGUGAAGAGGAGGAGGAGGAGGAAGUUCUCACUGACCAGCAGCUCUCUAUAGAGCUGGUCACUGUUUGGUUCUGGUUCCUCCUGGUCCAGACGGGACUUGAGAACCUCCUCCUCACAGACAUGGUGCUAUGGAAGGCUGUUGAAGUAACAAUGUCUGGAUCUGAGAGUUUGAGAGAGUUGAUCAUCGAGCGACUAACUGCUGCUGCUGAAGAAAUAUUCGGACUCUUUGAAAGAACUGUCGUCCAGUACGAGGAAGAGAUCGAUCGUCAGCGCAGACUGCUGGAUAUCACCUGGAAACCUGAGAUAAAGUCACACAGAACAGACCUCCCACAGCAACAUGUCUACACAGAGGAGGAGGUUCUCACUGAGCAGCAGCUCUGUAACCAGGAGAGGAACUCCAGUCUGGACCAGGAGGAACCAGAACCUCCACAGAUUAAAGAAGAACAGGAGGAACCAGAACCUCUACAGAUUAAAGAGGAACAGGAGGAACCAUGCAGCAGUCAGCAAGGAGAACAUUUUGUACUAAACCAGGAGACUGAUUCAUUGAUGGAGAAUCCUACUGAUGAGGAAAGUGAGCACAGUGAACCAGAACCAAACAGGGACCAGCUCCUCUCCCACAACUCUCCUGGAGCUGAGAGCCCUGAGAAGCCAUAUUGUUGCAAAUUCGAUGGGAAAAAAAUCAUUAACAAUUCUCAUUUAACACGUCACGUGAGGACUCACACAGGUGAGAAGCCAUAUUCUUGUGAAACAUGUGGUAAAACCUUCAGAGCAAGAUCAGAAUUAAAUGUCCACAGGAGGACUCACACAGGUGAAAAGCCCUAUUGUUGUGAAACGUGUGGUAAAACAUUCAGUCAGAAAAGUCAUUUAACUGUCCACAUGAGGUUGCACACAGAUGAGAGGCCCUACUCUUGUGAAAUGUGUGGUAAAACCUUAAGAAGAAGAUAUGAAUUAAAUCUCCACAUGAUGACUCACAGAGGCGAGAAGCCGUAUUCUUGUGAAAUGUGCAGUAAAACCUUCAGACAAAGAUGUGAACUGAAUGUCCACAUGAGGACUCACACAGGUGAGAAGCCCUUCUCUUGCAGAAUUUGUGAAAAAACCUUCAGUCAGAAAAGUCAUUUAAUUUUCCACAUGAGGACUCACACAGGUGAGAAACCUUAUUGUUGCAAAACAUGCGGGAAGAGUUUCAAUCGAGUAGGUAAUUUAAAUGUCCACAUGAGGACUCACACAGGUGAGAGGGCUGCUGAAGCAACAAUGUCUUCAUCUGAGAGUUUGAGAGAGUUGAUCAUCGAGCGACUAACUGCUGCUGCUGAAGAAAUAUUCGGACUCUUUGAAAGAACUGUCGUCCAGUACGAGGAAGAGAUCGAUCGUCAGCGCAGACUGCUGGAUAUCACCUGGAAACCUGAGAUAAAGUCACACAGAAUGGCUCAGAGUUUGAGAGAGUUGAUCAUCGAGCGGCUAACUGCUGCUGCUGCUGAAGAAAUAUUUGGGCUCUUUGAAAGAACUGUCGUCCAGUACGAGGAAGAGAUCGAUCAUCAGCGCAGACUGCUGGAUAUCACCUGGAAACCUGAGAUAAAGUUACACAGAAUAGACCUCCCACAGCAUUAUGUCUGUAAAGAGGAAGAGGAGGAUGUUCUCACUGAGCAGCAGCUCUGUAACCAGGAGAGGAACUCCGUCCUGGAUCAGGAGGAAGCAGAACCUCCACAGAUUAAAGAGGAACAGCAGGAACGUGAACCUCCACAGAUUAAAGAGGAACAAGUGGAACCAGAACCUCCACAGAUUAAAGAAGAACAGGAGGAACCAGAACCUCUACAGGUUAAAGAGGAACAGGAGGAGUUCUCCAUCAUUCAGCAGGAAGAACAUCUUGUUAUGAACCAGGAGUGUGAUUCCUUCAUGGAGACUUGUAAUGAUGAGGAAAGUGAGCACAGUGAACCAGUACCAAACAGUGACCAGCUCCUCUCUCAUAACUCUCCAGUAGCUGAGAGCCCAGAUCAGGGAGGAAUCGAGUAUGUAGACUCGGGAUCAACUAGAAAUGCAGAGCUGAAUCCAAAGAAGAGAAGAAGACGUCACAAAGACACAAGUCACAGUAACAAUGUAGACAACUCUCCCAUGUCAGAGAGUCAGAGUGAUACUGACACAGAUAAAAAGUCUGUAACAUGUGACAUCUGUGGAAAAACCUUCAAGACUAAUUUCAACAUGAGGGUGCAUCGCAGAUUUCACACAGGUGAGAGGCCAUAUUGUUGCGAAACAUGUGGGAAGAGUUUCAGAAGGACUGAUAACUUGACAGUCCACAUGAGAAUUCACACAGGUGAGCAUCUGUAUUCCUGUGACAUCUGUGGGAAAGACUUCAGUUGGAGAAGUCACCUUAAUGCCCACAUGAGGACUCACACAGGUGAGAGGCCAUAUUGUUGCAAAACAUGCGGGAAGAGUUUCAGCAGUGCUGGUAACUUGACAGUCCACAUGAAAAUUCACUCAGGUGAGCAUCGGUAUUCCUGUAACAUUUGUGGGACGGGUUACCAUUGUAGAAGUCAUCUUAAAAUCCACAUGAGGACGCACACAGGUGAGAAGCCGUACCUUUGUAAACUGUGUGGGAAAACAUAUUCCAACGCAUCAACAUUUAGAAAUCAUAAGAGAAUCCACACAGGGGAGAAACCGUACCUCUGUAAAGUGUGUGGUAAAGGUUUUGGUCGCAAUACUUAUUUGACGAGUCACAUGAGGACUCACACAUGUGAGAAGUUGUCAUCCUGAAACAUUCAUUAAUUUUCUGAAACCACUUCCUCUGGAGGGUCGAGAAGGGGCUGGAGCCUAUCCCAGCUGUCAUUGGUCCAGAGGUGGGUUACAGCCUGGACAGGUCUCCAGUCUAUCUCGAGGCUAACAUAAAGAGACAAACAACCAUUCACACUCACACCUACGACCAAUUUAGAAUCAUCAAUGAACCUAACAAGCAUGCCUUUGGAUGUUGGGAGGAAGCCAGAGUACGACCCAUGUAUUAGAACCCAGAACCUUCUAGCCGUGAGGCAUCAAUGUUGGCCACCAAAAAUCGGAAACACGUGUUAGACUUUGUUUGUAGGACUUAAAGAUUUUAAGUGCCUUCAGACUGUGUUUCAGCAAUCUUAUGAAUCUACUGCA